GCUUGUGCGUGAGAAAAUAUUUUGUCCACAUAUGCAAUUUUAAAUUUGCUAGCACACUCAGAUUAAUUUUACUUUUAUGGAUGAAUGAAUGCUAGUAUACUUCAUCUACAUUGGAAUAACUUAUUGUUUGUAUGGUCUUCAGGAACCACUGCAACUGUGGCUUCCGUUGAUGCUGUGGAGGAGCGUGUGGCACAACAGCUUGUACCUAGCAACAGGCCAUCUGGCGCCGAUGAGUCGGAAGCAGUGCAACCCCCAGGACCCAUUACUGCUGCUACGGCCUCUACCAGCACCGCAGGGUCCACAUCAGACCAGCUUAUGCCUGGGGUACUGCCAUGUAGCAGCAGCGAACAGAUGGUCCCAGAUGAGCUUGAACCCUGGACCUCACAGGAGCUGGAGGACGCUCUCAUGAGUGAGUAGCCAGAGGGCCUCCAGACAGUGAUUGGCAGCGAAAGAGACGAUGGAAAG